AUGGAAUUAACAGACGAAAACAAGAAAAUAUCAAUUUCGCUUACAGCAAUGCUUUGUUUUACAUUUAAAUAUUUAUCUCCACAACAGAAAUCAGAACUAGUGAAACAACAUCGCCAGCAAAUAAUGAAACACGCAUGUUAUGACAAUGAGGACCAUAUUCAAGGCUUAAUCAAAUUUUUACAAAAUGGAGGAAAUUUAUAUUUUCCUUGCAAAGAUGAUUUGAUCAUAUACUUUCUCAGCAGAUAUAUGAAUGACGGAUUUAUCACCGGAAAAAUCAUUACUUCGUUAAUACAAACAAAUCCUCAAGAAUAUUCGCCUCUUUUUUGGAGAUGGUGGCAAAGCAAAGUAAGUUUCGAAAAUCUAUCAGAUAACUUUACAUUAUUAUCAUUUAUUUGCACAAAUAGUCACAUUCAGCCCCCAAAUAAUGAAAUUCUUUUUGAAAUUCGAAAAUUUUGUGAGAGAACGAUAAAAGAAAGUAAAUCAUUCGCUAAUUUAGAGUCCGCACUUAUGAUCUACAAAUGGAUUAUCAAAAAUAAAGCUGCAAUUCCCGAAUUUGAUUACAAUUUCAAACAAUCGAAUCUAAAAGCAUUAGCGAUCUCUUGUUACGCAGAAUAUGCAAGAUACGGUGAUUUAUCGAAGCUUCCUGUGCUUCCUAGAACAAAUGAACCUGGAUUACGAAAUGCCUACGCAGAAGUUAUCUUAAAUGUGUGCCAGAACCCAAAUUACUCAAUGCUGAAGAUAGAUCAUCCAAUAUGGAACGCAAUUCGUUCAGAAUUUAUUGAUAAUAAUUUUAUAUGCGAAAGAUGUAACAUUUUAUCACUGACUAUUGAUGAACUCGAUGUCUGUAUCAACUUAUCUCAUCUGUUACCUGCUUAUUUCUUCAUUUACGCAAUGAGAGCCAGUACAAAAAAUAUUGAUAAGCUAAAACGAAUGAUAACUCUUGUUUGUGAGUGUCCUCAGCCUGUCCUUACAACACAUAUUGACGAAUUCUGCUCAUUUAUACAGAGAAUCAUUGAAAAAAUGCCGAUUUUGGCAACUCAUCUGGCAAAUUCAAUCAGAAAGUUAAUUAUUCCACUUAGAAAGUAUAUAGGAAUGAUAUUAACCAAACUUCAUCCAAUAGAUUUCUUUAAUACUGAAGAAUUAUGCGCAAAAUUUAUAAUUAUUGAAACGUUGAUAUCACUUUCAAGAGAUAUGGAGUAUUUUGUGGAUGAUUUAGACUGUCUAUGGGAAAUACUACCAACAAUUAGGUUAUCUCAGUCAUUUUGCGUUGCAUUAUUUAAUUAUUUUCAUUCUAUAGCGAUGUUAUCGAACAAAUGCAAUGAAUUUGCAAAUCUUGCAAUAUGUUCGAUACUCCCUGUCUUCGGAAUACCGAUGCCGCCCAAUUUAACUCCUCUUCAAGAAAAAUUUUUCAGAUCAAGUUCAAACUUUUGCGCGAUUUCGAUCGUAGACAUAAUAUCGAAUCCAAUGUUUGACAUACGUAACUCAUUUCCACUAAUUGGCGCUUGUUUACGGCUAAUUUGUUCUUGUCCACCAAAUGACAACGAAUUAACGAAGUUAUUCAUCCCGAAUCUACCAAAAAUUGCAACAAUAUGUCCUGCAGAGGCCACUGCUGCUGCAAAUAAAUACACAACAGUGUUUUUCAAAAAAUAUAAAUCAGAAAUUCUCCAAUUUUACGAUUUUGUGAAACAAUUCGUUGUUCGCACGAGUAAUAUUCCAUUUAUUAUGCAAGCAUCCAUCUUCCAGACCACUCUUUCGAAAUUUACAGAGAUAGAACAGUCUUUUCACGCCAGUUCUGACUUUUUCCAACUGACAGACGAUAUAAACGAGUCCAGAUUGGCCAUACUAAUGAAUUCAGAUUUCAGUACUUUUCUUCUUUCGAAACCAGACCAAAUUUCAAUUUUAUUAGAGCAAUGGUACACAGGAACUCCAGUUGCCCUGCUAAAUACCAUUAAAACAGCCGCAGCCAUGAACAAAGAUCCACGCGAAACUCGAUAUUUCAGAGAGUUUAUCAACGCAUUUGGAAUAAGUCAACCUCCUUACGACGGAGAGAACAACUGGGUGAAGCGGACGUUUGUUGAUGACAUAAAAGUUGAGAAGGAACCACUCUCAGACAUUCUAACUCAGUUCCCUGUUGAAACAGACAACAAAUUAAAUUCAAUUUCAACUUUUAUCAACGAACACAUGUCAGAUGAAGGUAAUCGUACAGUUGUUUGCCAUCUACUCGAAAUAUACAAGUCCGAUCUAUCAGAAGUUUACGGAAACGAGUUUUGGUUUUUGAAAUCAAUCGUAUAUUUCGGACUUGAGUUCCCGCAGGAGAUGAUGAAACUUGAUUUUCAUAGAGACUUGUAUGCGCUCGCUAUCCUCACGCGUCGCCAUUUAUUAACUCCGACGACUGACGAAAAUUUUCCAGAUUGGCUCAAUAUAGAUAUGCUUCGUAUGGUUGCUAAGUUGAAUCAAUCCCAGAUAGAGACAAUUUCAUCGUUUAACUCCUUGACAUUGAACUUGAAAUUCUGGUCGAAAUUAAAUUCGCCUCCAGACUUCAAAGUAACAUUGCCAAGCUCUAUAAUGCAUUCGGUGCUGACUUUUGUAGGUUGCGCCUUAAGGAGCGAGGACGAAUUCAAGGAAAUCUUGAAAAAUAACUCCGAUCAAUUGGAAGCAAUGAUAAACGGCGUUGACUGGAGAAAUCCUACAUUUUUCACGACCGUUUUAAAUUUCACCGUGUCACUUUUUUCAUUUGCUCCAAACAUAGACAAAUUUUACCGUUCAGUUUUAGGUGUUUUAGUAUACAUCAGCCGGAAUUCUACUGCACCAAUCUUUGAAGCAUCGAACUCUCUGCAGGAAAUAGCAAUUCACGCAGGAGUUAAGAACUUACCGAAACGUUUAGGAACAGGGAGAUUUGAAGCAUUACGAGAUUUAAUAUAA